AUGGACCCGCAUCAGUGGCCAGAGGUCGUGAAAGCAGCUUCUGAAAAGAGACGUGAGCUGGUGCUACAGGGGGCUCCUGUGGACAGCAGGGUGGGCUCUGCGGGAGGCCUGCCCUCUGCCCUGUACUCCCUGACUCUGCUCAACUAUCUGGAGGUGUCCCAGUGUCCCAGCCUCACGCAGCUCCAUGAGGACCUCCGCCUGCUGACCAGCCUCCAGAGCCUGGUGCUCUGCAGGAACAAGCUGAUGUCUGUGCCCCGCCUGGACUCCCUGCAGGCCCUGAAAGUCCUGGACCUGUCUGUGAACGAGCUGACCUGUUUACCUGAGGGUCUGAGCGGCCUGAAAGAGCUCAGCAGCCUGAACGUCAGCUGUAACCGUCUGGAGGCGCUGCCCGAGGGACUGAGUCACUGUCCCAAACUGUCCACCCUGAACGUGUCCAAGAACCGUCUCUGCAGCCUGCCCACCGACCUGUGCACGGACCGCCUGGAGCUGCUGGCGACUCUUCUGGCAUCAGACAACCUCAUCCAGGAGCUGAGCGCCGACGUGCACCGUCUGCCAGCGCUCAAGACCUUGGACCUGUCCAACAACAAGCUGAGUGAGAUCCCUACUGCUCUGAGCGACUGCGCCAAACUCAAGGAAAUCAACUUUAAAGGGAACAAGCUGCGGGACCGGCGCUUGGAGAAAAUGGUGAACGGCUGUCAGACGAAGUCUGUGCUGGAGUACCUCCGAGGAAAGAGCCGUGUGGGGCCAGAAGGGGGCGGCGACGGGCCCACAAAGGCUGACAAGAGCAAGAGGCUCCAGGGAAAGAAGAAGGGCAGCUCUCCUGAGGGGGCAGCAGACACAGAGACUGAGGAGGUGGCUGGUCUUCUGGUCCGCGUGCUGCAUGUCUCGUCCAGGCCUCCUGCCCUCACGGUGACCGUCAGCCCAGAGGUCAAGCAGGUCCGGCCUUAUCUGGUCUGCUGCCUCGUCCAGGGACUGCUGCUCAAGCCUGGGAACGCCCUCAAGAGGUUCCUCGUGGCGCAGACUAAGCUCCAUGAGGAUAUAUGUGGGAAGAGGACCACUGCUACUAUCGCCACUCACGACAUGCGGCUGCUCAAGGGCCCGUUGACCUACGGAGUGAAACCUCCAACCCAGCUGAAGAUCACAGCACUCGGCCGCAAGGAGAUGACUGCUGUGGAGCUCAUCAGACUCCUGCAGCUGGAGGCAGAGGAGCUGAGGAAGCAGAGGAAGAGGCAGAACGUCACCGGCCUCCACAAAUACCUGCAGCUCCUGGACGGCCAGCCGCUGUACCCCUGUCUGAUGGAUGCAGAGGGGAGGGUGGUGUCCUUCCCCCCCAUCACCAACAGUGAGCACACCAAGAUCAGUAAAGACACGUGUGAGCUGUUUGUGGAGGUGACCAGUGGCAGCAGCCUGCAGACCUGUAAGGACGUGAUGGAUGCACUCAUUCUGAAAAUGUGUGAGCUGAACAAGUUUACAGCGGAGAGACGGGAAGAGGCGGGCUCAGACGGAGAGGAUCUCAACCCGUCCAACAGCGCUCUACAGGGGCUGACUGUCACACAGCUGCGCACAGAGGAACUGGACGGCAGCCUGAAGGUGGUCUACCCCUCCAAAACAGACCUUGGCUCAUGCCCUGACAUCACCCAGGAUUUCCAGGACAUCACCAACAUCAAACCACGCCAGAAGAACCUUGCCAAGAAGGGCGUGAAGAGAAGCGAACUGAGCACCAGGGAUGUGAUCGACAGCGCUAAGGACGACAAAACAUCUGGAGAAGGCCACAUCAAAGAAACCAAGGUUGCGUCCACCGAAGGACCCCAGGGCAAGAAGGGAAAGGCCCCAAAAUCCGCAGAUGUUUCCCCGCAGGACGUCCCCGAUGGCGCCCAAAUCAGCAAGGCGUUUGAUACACUGUGCAACAUCGUCCGGGACCGAAUGAGAAGGUACAAGAAACCAGAACCCAUCGCGGACUUCUACACCAAGGGUCGGUACGUGCUGGUGACCGGCGAUGGAAGCUACCCGGAUCCGUGCUUCUAUACGACCACACCAUCUGCCGGACACAUCUACGUCACCAUAAGAGACGGAUACAUGUCUCCUUACGACAGAUACGGCGGCGACUCUCCAACUCCUUACCCGCCGCAACCCAUGCCCCAACCGCGCCCGCUUAGUCCGACCAUUCCCACGCCAAAGGACGACCCAAGAGGACCCAAGGGAAAAGAUGGCGGUGGAGGCAAGGCCAGGCACAAGAGCGGAGAUCCACGACCCAAAGAUGCUGGUCCAAUUUCACCACCCACCGGACGGAGAGAGCCCAUCCCAGGAGCGGAGAAUCAACCCGGGAAGAAAAGCGGGUUUCCGGGAGUCCUGCCUCGCAUUCCCAGCUCCAGCUCCUCCAGCAGCAGCUUCAGUCCGGACACAAUGAGCUACGAGAAGACCGAGGUGAGGGAGACGGUGGAGAAGAUGUCCAACGAUCGCAAAAUCAAGGGCUACGAGGAGACGUCGACGGUGGUGGAGACUUUGAUUGAAAAGUCCAGUAAGAAGAAGCACUGA